GCUUCCGCGGUGUCGUCGUGCGUCCGCAGCCUCCGCGCGCUCUUCCGGCCAUUCAUACGCCCGGUCAGUGGGUCUCCGGAGCCUCAAUUCCGUGUACAGUCGGAGCAGCAGGGAGAGCGCGCCGCUAAGAUGAAGCUCGUGAGAUUUUUGAUGAAAUUGAGUCAUGAAACUGUAACCAUUGAGUUGAAGAAUGGAACACAAGUCCAUGGGACAAUCACAGGGGUAGAUGUCAGCAUGAACACUCAUCUUAAAGCUGUGAAGAUGACGCUGAAGAACAGAGAACCCGUACAGUUGGAAACACUGAGUAUUCGAGGCAACAACAUUCGGUAUUUUAUUCUGCCAGACAGCUUACCUCUGGAUACGCUGCUUGUGGAUGUGGAACCUAAGGUGAAAUCUAAGAAAAGGGAAGCUGUUGCAGGAAGAGGUCGAGGCCGAGGUAGAGGAAGAGGACGUGGCCGCGGCAGAGGAAGAGGGGGUCCUAGGCGAUAAUGUCUCUCAAGAUUACUGUUUCAAAGUGAUAAGAAAUUUGGGGUGUUUUUGUACAGGUUUUGUUUGUUUGUCAGUUUUUAAUAAACAUAAGUGUGGGAACCAAGUUGUCUGCUGAUUAUCAAAUUAAAGUUUCAGUGUCUGCGUGUAUUCACACAGUAUGUUCAGCUCUGUAGAUUGGCCACAUAUGUAUGCACUGAACAUGGGUUUGAGUCUGUUCUGUCAGCUC